UCGCACCUUGCAUUACAAAUCCACAUUGUCGUCUCCUUUGUUAUUGUUUAUUAUUGCAGCUGUUAUUGUUGUUGUUGCAGUUUUUGCAUAAAUCUCUUCAACGAUAUUAACACUGUAAAGAAUAUAUAUAUCAAAAUAGUCGACAUUUAUCUGCCAAAGAAGCCACAUUUCCCAGCAACGAGCAAAAACAAAAGCCAUGGUCUAACGUUAAUUAAGCUCUGAUGAAAGUGGUCACAAGACAAGUUGGUUUUACAAUGAAAAUCUGAGCAGUUUCUGUUACAAUCUCAUCUGGUUGCCAUGAUUUUUAGUCUCGUCUAUUAUGUGAGCGCCAUCAUUCGUUGGUGCAUCGACAGACGACGGAGCCACAUGUAUCUGAGACAAAUCGGAAAGACGUUCAAGAAAUCCAGCCUUUUAUUCCAGCAAGUCAAACAUAUAGGGGAAGCAACUGAGUCUCUAACAGUCAUCCAGCAGUUAUCGCCCUUUCUAAAAAACGUUCUCGACUCGAGGUUUUCUGCUCCUUUGGUACAAGACGCCCAUCUUCAUUUAGUCUCCAUCCACCCAGCUGUGACAGUUAACUUAAAAGACUGGCAUCUUUAUCGAGAUGUCUCUAACGAAGACCUCCAAUCAUUUCCUCCCGAUAUUCUGACUGUCCUUCUUGAAGCUGGCAUCACUCAUUUGACUUCGCCUGUUGAUAACCUGGAAGAACCUGGGAAAGAAGACUGCAUUGAGAUCCAUGAUUAUGGCCGAACUUUGGCCUGGAAAGCAGGAAUGCCAUGUUCUAUCUUAAUGUCUUGUACACCAAGUAACCUCUUGAAUAUGGGUCUGGCAGUCACAAAUGGUAAAUUACGCUUCCAAGAAUUAACAGUGGAAUCAAUUUUAUCAAUAAAUAUAGAAGGGUGUGGCUCCAACCUAAUCCUUCCUCCGGCCGUGAAGGACAACUUAAAACGUUACAGCAUUGGCAGUGAGAACAGCAUCGAUGAUCAGGAUUCUUGUUGUUGCCAUUCUAACGAAGCGUUGGCGUCGCCAUGUGCCAGUGAGACCCACUCGGAUGAAGACCUCCUGCUCGACAGCGAUUCAGAAAUGGCUGCUGGAGAUGUGAAAUACGAAAAGAUGGAAGCAGAUGAGGCCAAAGUGGAUUUGGAAUUCCAGAGACCUGCUAACGUUGCCGUGAAACCACCAAACAUUCUUGUUUACUGUGGCAAAAAAGACUCCAAACGUAAAUUUGAAUCCUUCAAAACCAUGCUUGAAAAAUGCUUGUCUUCAGAUUGCUAUGCGAUUUACCAACUUCAGCACAAUCAAAUCAACACAGCACCCUGGAUGGACAACACCAUAUUGUUGGUUAUUGCGUGCGAAAGACUCUAUGAUGACAUUGACCAUGUGAUAUUUAGCUAUUUUGAGAAAGGUGGGAAGCUGAUGAGUUUGGCAAGCAAUAUCGAUUCUUUGUUCCUUGACAAAGAAUUGGUUCGUCGUUCUGCAGACUUGGUGAAUGUAUCAUGCCAUCAUUGGAGUAAUGUUCCGAUGAUGGCCGGACGUUACAUCUACUCAAAUGCUUUAAAAUCCUCCAAUUUUAAUUGUACAGUUUUAGCUUCAGAAAGUUCUAGCCAAAACUCUUUGAUUGUUAAGUUAGAAUCUCCAGCAGACCUCGACCAAGGAGUUGCUGUCUUAUCUCAGGUCUACUUUGACAGUGACCACUGCGGUAAACCGAGCGAGGAUUUUUAUGAAAUUCUUUGCCAUUUGAUGUCCACUCAUCUUGAACUUGAAUGUUCCAGCCAAGAUGUUCCUCAGCUGACUCCCGCCAAACUUUUCACUAAAACAAAGGUUGUGGAAAAACAGCUUCUGGACAGUCUUGCAUCACGCCUUAAAGAUGGAACACUGAAAUCUUCAGAAGUCUCAUUGACUUUCGUUCGAAACUUAGAAGUUCUGAACUCGGCUGCAAGUGCUGUUAAUCUCCCUGUUGUGAUCAGUGACGACACAUAUCAUCCCCGGUACUUCAAUGCCAAAAAGUAUUGGGACAACCUCCACUCUGCUGUGCUGGGCAAUGCUAUAUUUUUUGUUGAGGUCGUUCCUUCGACCAUGCCAUUGCUUAAUCAAAUGUUAAUAUCUGUGCCAAAAACAGUUGGGAUGAUUGCAAUAGCUGGAAGACAAACAACGGGCAAAGGCCGUGGUGGUAACCAGUGGUUGAGUCCCGUUGGCUGCGCUAUGUUCACUCUUCACGUUCAGCUUGAUCGUAGUUCACUACUUGGCAGCAAUCCUGUCUUCCUGCAGCAUAUUGUCACCGUUUCUGUGGUCCGCAGUGUGAGGACUCUGCCAGGAUACGAGGAACUGGAUCUGAGAGUGAAAUGGCCCAAUGAUCUCUAUUAUGGUAAAAAGACAAAACUGGGUGGCGUCAUCGUUAACAGUUCCAUAGCAACACAUUCCAUUGAUGCCAUUAUUGGUUGUGGUUUCAAUGUGGAGAACAGCAAACCCACAUUUUGCAUCAACGAUUUGAUACACGAGUACAACAUUGAGAAUGGUAAACAUCUGGCACCGCUGAAUAAAGACCAGCUGAUUGCUCGAACUGUGACCAUCAUAGAAGAACUGAUUGGUCGAUUCAAUACCAAAGGUCAUGAAGAUUUCCAGCAGCUCUACUACCAAUACUGGUUACACAGGGGAGCCAAAGUUCGUCUUGAAUGCGAAAACAAUCUGGAAGUCGACAUAAAUGGUUUGGACGAGAACGGUUUCCUGCAAGUGAAGACUGCAGAAGGGCGCUUGAUUAGCGUGCAACCUGAUGGCAACACUUUUGACUUUAUGAAGAACUUAAUUGCAAUUAAAACUAAUUAGACACCAACACAACAGAAAGAUUAAAUAACUUUACAAAAAGAUAAAAAUAAAA